AGAGGGGAAGGGGAAGAGGGAAGGAAAAAAAAAAAAAAAAGAGAGAGAGAGAAAAAAAAAAAGCCCAAGCCCAGACUGAGUUUCUGCCAUGAUGUUAGAGGGAAAGAAACCCACAGCUUGCUAAUUUCACCUUCCAGUCGGCCCCGGGAAGAGAUCACCGGGAACAGCUGUUUCCCCCUGUGGUCAUGACGGCUUCGCACAGUGACUCUUUGGUGGUGUUGUUUGGGGCAACAGCUGGUGCAUAUGGGGCUAAACUGGGUUCGGAUGAGAGGGAACUAAUUCUCUUGGUGUGGCAAGUUGUGGAUCUACACAGCAAGAAGGUAGGGACACUACACAAAUCCCUGGUGAAAGCAGACAACUUGGACUUAAGUGACCAGUGUCGCGAAGUCAGUGGCUUAACACCAGAGGGACUGGGCAAAGCUGAACCACUGGACCGGGUUCUUCAACAGUUUAGUCAGCUGGUAUCCAGUGAUUUGAAAGUACUUGGAAGGAGCUCUUACACCCUCUGCAGUGAUGGCCAGUUACUCAUUCGACAAGUUCUCCAUCCAGAAACAUCCAAGAAGAACUUCUUGUUGUCAGACUGCUUCUAUACCUUUUAUGAUCUGCGCAAAGAGUUCCACACAUGCUACCCUAGUUCAGCCGCCGUGAAAGAUCAGACUAUCAAAACCAUGGCAGAAUAUCUAGGCUUAGCGACAGAUGAAGCAGAGGAGGACUUUGGCGUGUGGCAAGUGAAGACCAUGGUGGCUAUAAUUUUCAGCAUGCUCUCAGAAGGUUGUAAUCACGUAUUUACUGAGCCUGAAACUGUGAAAUACAAGUAUGAAACAGGUCCUUGUAGUAAAUCUGAAACUGUGGACAGUGAGACAGUAAUACGUGCCAGAGGUUUGCCAUGGCAGUCUUCAGACCAGGAUAUCGCUCGAUUUUUCAAAGGACUCAACAUUGCCAAAGGUGGUGUGGCUCUUUGUCUGAAUUCUCAAGGAAGAAGAAAUGGGGAGGCUUUGGUUCGGUUUGUCAAUUCUGAACAGAGAGACCUUGCCCUGGAAAGGCAUAAGCAUCACAUGGGUAGUAGAUACAUUGAGGUUUACAAAGCCACUGGGGAAGAAUUCUUAAAAAUUGCAGGAGGCACCUCCAAUGAAGUGGCCCAGUUCUUAUCUAAGGAGAAUCAAGUUAUCAUCCGGAUGAGAGGCCUUCCAUUCACUGCUACUCAGGAAGAUGUCCUGGGCUUCCUGGGGCCAGAGUGCCCAGUCACCGGAGGGAAAGAGGGACUUCUCUUUGUCAAAUACCCAGAUGGCAGGCCCACAGGAGAUGCAUUUGUGUUAUUUUCCUGUGAAGAAUAUGCACAGAAUGCACUUAAAAAGCACAAAGAAAUACUUGGAAAACGUUACAUUGAACUCUUCAGGAGCACAGCAGCAGAGGUCCAACAGGUACUUAAUCGAUACAUGUCGACACCUCUUAUUCCAACUCUUCCAACUCCCAUCAUUCCAGUCAUACCCCCACCAUACACCAUUGCCACGGGCAGCAUCCGUGACUGUGUCCGGCUCAGAGGUCUUCCUUACACUGCUGGCAUUGAUGACAUCUUGGAAUUUAUGGGAGAUGCCACAGGGGAUAUCAAACCCCAUGGAGUUCACAUGGUUCUUAAUCAGCAGGGACGACCGUCAGGUGAUGCUUUUAUCCAAAUGAAAUCUGCUGACAAAGCCUUUAUGGUGGCUCAAAAAUGUCACAAAAAAAUGAUGAAGGACCGUUAUGUGGAAGUAUUCCAGUGUUCUGGAGAGGAGAUGAACUUUGUUUUAAUGGGUGGCACUUUAAAUCGUAGUGGCUUAUCCCCACCGCCAUGUAAGUUACCAUGUCUUUCUCCACCAGCUUAUGCUGCUUUCCAAACAGCAGCCGUGAUCCCAGCGGAGGCAGCAGCCCUCUACCAGCCACAAGCCCUCUUGCCAACCACCAGGACACCCCAGGCCUCUGCAGCUGCUCCUCCAGCUGUUACCUACUACCCAGCCCAGGCUGCUCAGCUUUACAUGAACUACACAGCUUACUAUCCCAGUCCUCCUGUAUCCCCUACCACGGUGGGGUACAUUGCAGCUCCUCCAGGAGCUGUGGCAGCUGCUGCCUCUGCCACCCACACUCCGAUCCUGCCCCAGCCUGGAGCCUUAGUCCGGAUGCAGGGCUUGCCAUAUAACACAGGAAUGAAGGAGAUACUCAGUUUCUUCCAGGGGUACCAGGAUUUAUUGCACGAUGCUUCUGCUCGUUCAUAAAGUGAGCCCUUAAUAAUCAUCACUGGUUUGGGCAUGGGUUUAAUCUCUGUACAACUAAUUGAUGUUGGUAUUCAAUGGACUUCAGUGUUGGUAUUCUGGGAACCAGAUUGGAGAUACUGAGAUUGAAGGGUGAUUUUUGUCUUUGUGUGUCCUUGUCUGGAAGGAGCAGGGUUUACAUUUUAGUUCUUGCUUUAUUCUCUUCUGGAUUUUUCCUUCAGGCUUCAUGGGUUCUGUUUAUUGCAUGUGUGCAUAUGUUGCUACUUAAGUGAAAGCAUUUUUCAUACCAGACCUGCCUCUUAAGAGAUAGACUUUGCCUAUCAUGGGCUCCAACAAGCUGGUCUCAACAUCAGUACAUGCUUCUAAAAACAAAGAAUUUAAAAGUCUGCAGAUCAGCGUUUUAAUUUUCAUUGAAUUUUAUUAGCAUUAGCCUCUUGUUUAGUGUUUCAGCAGCUCCAUUUCUUCUUGCAAUUCUGUUUUCUCACUUUUAUUAGUGAAAAUUCCUUCCAGCCUGCAUGUAUUUAUUGUAACUCAAAUUAAGCAAUUGAAAAGCUUGGGAAGAAUUUUAAUAGUAAAUCAGGGAGAUGGCAAUUUUCCCCAUCACCUUUCUAUAUAAUAUUGUAGUGUACUGUAAUCCUCAAAAGAGCUAGUAUUAGUAUUUUCUGAUUCAGUAAUUCACAUUAAACUGCCUUUUAGUUGUACUGUAAAGCAAUAGGGCCAUUGAUUUGAGUCCAAUUAUAUGCUGGAUGCAUAUCUAAAGGAUAGCUGAAAAAAUCACAGAACCUAAGCCAAUUAAAACCCUGUUGAAAAAACAACAAACCCCAAAAUAACCAAAACAACAACAAAACCCUCACCAUGCCAUUCUCCAACAUGAUUUUGCAUUGUGGAGUAGAGCUUGAGGAAGAUGUGGUGCAGCUAUAGUAAUACCACACAGCAAAACUCCUUGGUGUUACUUCAGGCCAUCACUCUGUACAGGUGUAGAAGCAGUGAGAGAACUCUAGUAAAUAAUGAAUGAACAAGGGCAAUAGUUGUCAUGGAUUUAUGUGAAGUUGGUGCAUAGCAGAACAAAAAUCUUUCACUAUAGAUUUUUUAUUUUUCUUAUUUAGUGGCUAAAUACUUAAUGGGUUUUAUUACUUUGCCACUAAAUGAAUCAAUGCAAAACUUUUUAGUCUCCAAAUACUCUUUUUGGGGUUGGGGUUUUCUUUCAGUUUUCUUUUGUUGUUGUUUGGUUUGGGCUGCUUGUGUGUGUGGGUUUUUGUUGGUGUGUGUGUUUUUUAAAAAAAAAUUUAUGAGAAUGCAAAUAGUGAUAGGAUUGGUAUCAUGACAAGAGCCUUCAGGUAAAUACAAAGGCAGAUGCAGUUUAGCCGUGCCUGUGGUCUUAGCUGACCAAAAACUAGUUCACAGCUGUUGUCUUGGCUAGGAUUCAGCCUCCUCUCAGUAGUACUUGCCCAGUUUCUUGGAGGUUGGCCUGAAUUUGAAGUGAACCCAUGCCUGCCUGAAAAAGACCCUGUGGAUUAGUUCUUAGAAAGCAGACUUGCUGUUUAGGUACACUGUAUGUAAGUACAGUAAUAAAAAAACAAACCACCACGCCAGAAGAUGACUAAGACUUAGGGGCCAUGGUCACCAUCUGAAUUUUUUUAAAGCCCCCUGAAUUUGCUGAAAAAGGCUGGGAUGGAAAUGUAAGGACUUCUUUGUGUACAUGUUUCUACAUAAGAAAAGUUUAAAAUAAAUAGUUCUUUAAACCUGUACUGGGCUUAAGUGUCUUUUGUCUGUAGCUAUAAACAACUUUAGCAGUAUAUUAAUCUUCCAAGGCUUCAGAGACCCAGAAUUUCAGACUUGCUGGUGGAGGGGAGGAGGGUGACUGGUGGUUAAAACAGUAAUAAGGAAGUGAAGUGGAUGGAUGGCUAAAUUCCAAGAGCACUAAUGACAUUUCUCUGUUGUAUCAGGACAACAGACUUCAUUGUUACUGACUUUUUAGGGAUUAGGAGUUUUUUUUUCUCUGAAAUGUGUGCUUAAACAAAGAAGUAUUCUCUAUUUCCUUUGGGUUCUUUUGAAAUCUGAUUCUCUGUAGUCUGAGAGGGGGAUACCCCAUCAACUCUGUGCCAUCCUAGGCAUGGCACCCUCUGGGGAAGGGAAAGGGGAAGUGGUAGAGGAAGAAUUCCCACUUACUGGGAUUGGAAGUCAUCUGGCAAUACAGACGCUAUUCCAUGCUCACCCCCACACUCUCAGAACAGAGCACACUGUUUGUUCUGCUUUAUUCCUAAAUUUAUCUCCCUCCUGUGUGGAGAAAGCAUCUGUGAGACAGGGAUGAGUAAAUUAGCGGUUACAGUUUCUGUCUGUUGCAUCCCACACUUGAAGCAAGAGACUGAAGUGACACCCUCUGUAUUUUUGGAACAGGCAUUACCUGUUUCAGUCUCUGAUGCACAGAAUGUUCAGGUGGUAUGUCUUCCACAGAGUAUUCAGGUAUUUCUGGGUGUUAGUAUUGGCAGUCUGACGGUACAAUUGAUGUACUUCUAGGGGCAAAGCCAGUUUAGGGUAUUUCUCCUGACUCUUAUGCUAAAGUUUGCUGUUACCUACCAUCAGAUCUGAUUCUAUAUUCCAGGCUUAGUCUAUCUAGGCUUUUUUCCAGAGUCUGAGAGUUCCCUUUGGGAACUGCUCUGUGAUAAAAUUUAUGGGUAGUUUGGACAAGAAUUGCAGCUGCGUUCCUGAAGUGGCCAUUUUGCCUGUGAUGUUUUCCUUUUCUAUUAUUUGCUCCUACUUUUUCCCAGUUGGAGUGCUUCUAAAUAUACUUUCCACUUUCAAUGGUGGGUUUAGGUUUAUUUUAGCAGUGGGUUAUUUUCUCUAGAUUGCUUUGUAUGUGCUGUUUUUAGACUGAGCUUUGAAUAUUCACUGUAGAAACUGCAAAAUGAAAUGGAAAUCAAUGACUUACUGGUUACUGACCUGAUUAAAGCUGUGCACGGUCUGUGAGGGGAAGACAGUCCCAUAUUUCUCUCAGCAGGAGAAGAACAAAGAAAUAAAAUAGGUUGAAGAAAAAGAAAUUUACAGAGAAAGUAUAGUGUAUUCUAUCUUUAUUAAUAAGUUUACCCUUGGUUCAGUCCUGUGUGGCUGGAUGUUCUUGUUUUGCUCUUAUGUGUUCUAAAAUGCAGACAGAAUAAGAAAGAUUCACAAUCAUGUGCUUACUCAGGCAACAGGGUACUUUUCAUUUUAUUCAAAGAAUUUACUGUUCUACAGCUUCUGUUUUAAUUUACUGCAGCCUCUUACCCUUGUGAUUAGAAACUACUUCUAUUUCUAGGUCUUUUGAUGAAUUUGUUUUUUGUCUUUCUUUCUCGCUUUCUUUAGGUCUUUCUCUAAACUCUGAUAACUUUGACAUUUCUGUACAGGAUAUUUUCCCAACUUUGAUAUUUUCCAGAUUGUUUAUUCCAUUUCAGGUGUAACUUAUGAAAUUCUGUCCCUUACGAGAGUAAGACUGUAGAACUUUACCUACUGUACAUCUACUGAUAAUCUAAAGUAUGUACUAUCUUGAGACAUUCCUUCCAAAG